AUGUCCUGUCACCCAGCAUUGACGGAAACCGCUGUAAAAAAUGCACUGCAUUAUGACAAAGAAGAACUAUGCCAUCACUGUGACAAGUGUGAGAAAUUGACCAGGCUACACGCAGCGUCCUCCUUGUUGCGAAAGAAGAUGAAGGAAGAUCUUGUUUCAAGAUACAGUUUCUUAGCAUGGGAGUGGUUCAUUUAUAACGAGGAAGCAAGAAAGGAAUUUAAAGUGCUCCUCCCUGGGUCUCUGAUGAGCUCUUCCACACUGACAGUUCUCAUGGGCUACGGUACUGUGUCUGAAUGGUUUAAGGACGCCACUUCUCGAAGCUGCGAAAUCUUCGAGGAGCAGCUGAAAAGGGGCAGCUUCGUUGUUAUUGGUCAUGGAGACUGCUGCACCAACAUGCUUUUCAGAUAUGAUGCAAAGGAGAAUCCUGUGGAGGUUCUCUUUUUGGAUUUUCAGCUGUGUCGUCAGGCGUCUCUGGCUGUUGAUUUGAAUUAUUUUCUCUUCUCGAACUUCGACCGGAAGGACAGGAAGGAGAAGAUGGGACAGUAUCUGUCACUUUACCACUCGUCUUUUGCGAAGGUUUUGGCAUCUGCUUCAUUAACCAUGCCAUACACCAUCGAGGAAAUCACCAAGGAAUUCAAGCGGAAGAACAUCUAUCAGAUCAUAUGUGGCUCAAUCCUCAUUCCUCUCCUUGUGUCAGAGACGCAAGAAUUAAUCGAUUUUGACUCUGCUUCUGGUGGUCGUGCGAAAAACUAUGUUGAAGAGCUACGCCAAAAUGCUAUUAGAAUGAGAGUUCGGUCCAUUGUUUUGCGAUGA